GUCCUGAGAAAAGGGUGCCAGCAAUGCCUGGAUCGCCUGUGGAAGUGAAGAUACAGUCAAGAUCCUCACCUCCCACCAUGCCACCCCUCCCACCAAUAAAUCCCGGAGGACCCAGGCCAAUGUCAUUUACUCCUACAGCAUUAAGCAAUGGCACCAACCAUUCUCCUCCUACGCUGAAUGGUGCCCCAUCACCACCACAAAGAUUCAGCAAUGGUCCUGCCUCUUCCACGUCAUCUGCACUAACAAAUCAACAAUUGCCAGCCACCUGUGGUGCUCGACAGCUCAGCAAGUUAAAACGCUUUCUCACCACUCUACAACAGUUUGGCAAUGACAUCUCACCUGAGAUUGGGGAGAAGGUUCGGACACUUGUUCUAGCACUGGUGAACUCAACAGUAACAAUUGAAGAAUUCCAUUGCAAGCUCCAAGAAGCUACAAACUUUCCUCUUCGUCCUUUUGUGAUUCCAUUCCUCAAGGCCAACCUGCCCCUGCUGCAGCGAGAACUGCUGCACUGCGCUCGGGCUGCCAAGCAGACCCCAUCCCAGUACCUGGCUCAGCACGAACACCUUUUGCUCAACACAAGUAUUGCUUCACCUGCUGACUCUUCUGAGCUGCUCAUGGAAGUGCAUGGAAAUGGAAAAAGGCCCAGUCCAGAAAGGAGGGAAGACAACGGUUUUGAAAGAGAUACAAUUCCUCCUGAACCUCCUGCCAAGAGAGUGUGUACAAUCAGCCCUGCUCCUCGGCACAGUCCUGCCCUCAGUGUGCCCCUGAUGAAUCCUGGGGGCCAGUUCCAUCCUACACCUCCACCUCUUCAGCACUACACCUUAGAAGAUAUUGCAACUUCCCACCUAUAUCGUGAACCCAACAAGAUGUUAGAACACCGAGAAGUUCGUGAUAGACACCACAAUCUUAGUCUAAAUGGAGGCUAUCAAGAUGAGUUGGUAGACCACCGUUUGACAGAAAGGGAAUGGGCUGAUGAAUGGAAACAUCUUGAUCAUGCCCUGAACUGCAUUAUGGAAAUGGUAGAAAAAACAAGGCGUUCCAUGGCAGUUCUGCGGCGCUGUCAGGAAUCUGAUCGUGACGAACUCAACUACUGGAAAAGACGAUACAACGAAAAUACAGAGAUGAGGAAAACGGGGAAUGAACUGGUCUCCAGGCAGCACAGUCCUGGGAGCGCGGAUCCUCUCAACAGUGAUCCUCAGCGGGAAUUCAACAGUAGGCCAGCAACAGGAUAUGUACCUGUGGAAUUUUGGAAAAAAACCGAAGAAGCUGUGAAUAAGGUGAAAAUUCAGGCCAUGUCAGAAGUACAGAAAGCCGUUGCUGAGGCAGAGCAAAAAGCCUUUGAAGUGAUUGCAACAGAGAGAGCUCGGAUGGAGCAAACCAUAGCGGACGUCAAACGGCAGGCUGCAGAGGAUGCCUUCCUUGUCAUAAAUGAACAAGAAGAGUCAACGGAGAACUGCUGGAACUGUGGCCGCAAAGCCAGCGAGACCUGCAGCGGCUGCAAUAUCGCACGAUACUGCGGCUCUUUCUGCCAACAUAAGGACUGGGAGCGGCACCACCGCCUCUGUGGCCAGAACCUGCACGGCCAGAGUCCCCACAGCCAGAGCCGGCCACUGCUUCCUGGAGGGAGGUCAGCCAGGUCUGCCGAUUGCAGCGUGCCAAGCCCAGCACUGGACAAGACCUCAGCAACCACCUCGCGCUCCUCAACACCUGCCUCUGUGACAGCCAUCGACAGCAACGGACUCUGAGCCCAGGCUCCUUCCCCCUGAUGACCUCACAGCACAGGGCUGGACCAGUACAAGUAGCUGCUGGGUCAUCAGCAAGAAGUGAAGUGGAGGCAGAAAGAGUCCAAGCCCAGCAAACAUUGCUUCACAGCCUCUCCAGACACCUGCCCCAGUUUCCCAUCUGUGUCCUUGGGGGAAAUAGUGUGCCGUCCUUUCUGCACACAGGCAGUUGGCUGGAGCUGCCUCUUCCAUGGCUUUCUGGUUUGUUCCUCUCCCAGCUGGAGCUGGCGUGGCGGGCACCUUUUCAGUGUAGACCACCAGCUCCCCUCCCUGCCUCUUGAGGCAGCAGACUAUGUGCCCGGCCAGGCUGGAGGCAGCUGGCCCCAUGCACUGUCUCCUGCUCCACUGUCCUCCCGCAGCAGAGGCCUGGAGGCUGAGAGCAGGCUGUAGAGAGAGUCCUCCUGACAGGGAGUGGCCCCCCUCAUCCCCAACAGCUUCAUGAGCCCAUUUCCACCCUCAGCAGAUGCCACUGAUUGGCCCCAGGGGGACUUCGGGGAAGCAAAAAGCAGCACUCAGGACUCCCUUGACCCUGCUGUUCAGACUUGUUAAAAUUCUCAGAAACCACAGGAAAGUCACCAUUUUAGAAAAAGCACCCAUAACAAUAAAAAAUAAAUAAAACUUCCACCAAGCAUCACAGAUCAUCUUGGACAAGGUUUUCUAACCUGCCUGGCUUCUUUAGUUUGGGACCGUUUUCUCCCUCUCUGAUUUGAUUUUGCUUGUGCAGAAAAGUUUCCAGCACUUGGAUUGGUCUGAGGAAGAACGAGACUCAGGUGUAGAUUAAUCUGUUCUCUCUGAGCAUUUUGGCCAACUACUAUCGUCCAGUUAUUGAAUGGAUCAUCUGUUGGAAACUCAGAACCUCUUGUCACCGCUUGGCUGUUUGCACAGUCAUCUUGUUCUGUGUCUUGUCUCAGACCGCGUGUGUCCAGAUCACAGUGUGGAUUGGUCUCUAUCUGGCACCUCUGAAGCCGCAGUUGCCCCGUAAGAUGUGAUAUGGUGUGACUAGGACUCGCCUCACUAAUCAGGGCCUGGUUACUUCUGAGCAGCCCUCAUGGACCAUAAAGAAUUCUUCAGACCUCA